CCCACUAUGCAUAAUGGUCACAUGAUCUAAACAUGGCGGCUGCACAAGUAACUAAAAUGAAAACAACAUUGCACUCGCACACGGACGAUUUUGAAUCUACGGUCGACUUAGCAAAAGAAUAUUUACUUUUAAGAAAAUUCAAAUGCUGCCAUGAACUCUGUCUCAGUGUAAUUUCCAAAGCUAAACAUCGUGGAGAUGAGAAAAGGGUACAGGUGACCAUAGAACGUCUGUGUGUGGUGUGUAUACAAGCACUAGCAGAGAUGGACUGCUGGCAGGAAGUGUUACCCAUGGUACUGAAUGUCUAUGAAAGUGUGGAGAAGUGUCCUGUCACUGUUAUACAACUAUGUAUCCUCCUUCAUGCAAAAGUUCAAGAAUUUAGUCAAUGUAAUGCACUAGCAAGCGUUUGGCUACGAUGUGAAGAUAACUCUUUACGACCAGGCUAUGAAAGAGUUGCAGCCCUUUAUGCUAUAAAAGUUAUGCUUCCCAGAGGACAGAUUGUGCUACUUCCACAGUUUUUGAAUGCUUGCACCCAUCUGAGUGACAGCGCCAAGUCAAGUUUAGUGGAUGACUGUGAGAAAAUAUAUACAGACCAACUAAAGCAUGAUUCGGAGGCCAAUGAACAUUCAAGUAGUGGUGAAAACAUUAAGUCCUUGAAGGCUGAAUAUAGUAAUGUUGAAGAUGUAGAUGAAACUUCUAUUCACCCUGAUGAUAUUACCAGCUCAGACCUGUCAGUGUUCAGCCAUAUCAAGUAUUACGGGUGUCUGUUGGUCAGCAAGCUCUCAUUUCCCAGCCUGGUCAGUCUCACGAAGGUGGCUGCAGCCUGCGCAACACUGGCAGUCAUACUGAAGAUCUGCAUGGACGGAGAUUAUUUCAGUAGACUGGACCAUGUUAGAGAACUCUGGAAAGCUGCUGUACAGUUGCUGAAGACAGUAUUCUCCCCUUACAGACCGGGCAGAUAGGGGAAGUGACUACAAGUACCGGUAUAUACUAUAUCUGGCUGAGAAUUUCUUCCUAUCUCCUAUCCGUUUGGAAAUACUGUGCACUGUGAAUAUACACUGCAAUGUUACACUUUAUUGAAUAUCCAACUUGGCUUAGCCACAUCACUGAUGUGAGUUGCAAACCCUAAACAGUGAUAGUCAAAGUUACAAUGGUGUAACUUUCAGUGGUGUAGUGGAUAUGGUGUCCGCCUAGCGAUCCGGAAGUCAAGUUCGAUCCCCACUGUUGGAGCGUUCUUUAGAUUUCCCUCAUAGACACCAAGUACUGGUUCUAGUCCCAGGAAACGGACUCGAGAGCGUUUCAAGUAAGCCUUAGACUUUCAAUGCAAUCAAGGUAAAAUAACUAGGUUUUAAGUAAAGAUACAAGGUUGAUGAUCUUGAUUAUUUGUGCAAUAUGGAUUCUGUAAGGGUUGUAUAUAAUCUGUGACGUUUUAAUUGUUUACCCUGGUUAAUGGUUCUUCCCAAGAAGACAUGAAGUUUACAGUAGUUUGCUGUAUGAUGUAUAGGUUUUUUGCUGUAACUUGAUUUGUUGCUUCUUUAACAUGUUUUGAUAUUUUUAAUAAAUCAAUUUAUAACUUUCAUGUUUGUCAAAGCUUGCAAAAUAAUUCACAUUGAUAAUGUUUGAGUUUUUUUUAGCAAUAUCUGGAAGCAACAAGAUACAUGUAUCUAUUGAGUAAUUUUUUUGGCCCAAAAUUACGGCCUCUUACAGGCUGCUUCCCAAUAUCAAUAAGGAACAUUUCUUUCCAAAAAUCUGACCAAAAUUUAUCAACAAAAGAUGCAGAACUUUUCUAAUAAACUUAUUUCAUAAUUUGUUUUUUGAGUUUAUUAUACAGGGAUAAAAUUCUGUAACACUUUAUAAAAUAAAUUUUAAAAUGCAGUUUAACGUUCACUUAUAAACAAUUGGAAUAUCGUUAUUAAUAAUCAUAUUAAUAACGUUAUAUUUUUCACAAUUGCAUGGUUUAUCCCGCUAUUUUUCCCAAUCGAAAAGGCUCAGACUGUAAAAUUGCACAUUCACUGAUAUUUGGAAUGUAUUGUUAUAUACAUAAGCAGUAUUUAGCUCUCAGCAUACACAUUUAUUGAAAUUCCAAUCAUGUCACAGAAAUUAGAAUUAUUGUUGUACAUGUAUUUGAAUUAUGCAUGUGUGAUCUGUUUCAUGUGUUAUCUGAGAUAAGAAGACCAGAAUUUAUGUUCAUGCGAAUGUAUUUGAAAGCCAGCAAGUACCCCGCGUUCUCAGAUGCCAUAAGUGUACUAAUUAUUCCCCCUGAUACAAAGUUAAGGGUUCAUACUGUAAUCACUAGGUAUGUCUGUAUUUAGACACUAAUUUUUCCUGAUUUCUCAUACAGUUUCCAACACCGAACCUUCAAACUUGUAAUUUCUUUAUGAUAGCAAAUUUUGCAUUUGCGAUUUGUAUUGUUUUACGUUGAAAAUAACAAAAGUUAUGACUCUUUUUCAACAAAGAAUUUCUGAAACAUAGUUGUUUCUAGAGACUUUUCCUUUGAAACCACAAGGCCCAAAGGUUUUAUAUUGAGUAUGUGCCAUUCAAUUGCAUUUCUCUGCAAAUUUUGUUAAAAUAAUGCUUGCGUGGGGAAAACUAACCACGCCAUAGGGUCCAAUUUGUAUUGUUACAUCAGGCUUCAUAUAAUUAUUACUAUAUGCAGAGUCUGGGGGUAUUAAUGUCUUCUUAGACAAGCUUUAAAUAUGAAAAGGUUAGUGUUUUUAGCAGUAUUGUUGUAUAUAAUUACGUUUAUUGUUCAUUUACCUAUGUUGUUAAGUUUGUACAUAUGGUUCCUUUUCUUCACCAGUUUUUUUCUUAUGUCUUAUCACACUACCAAUUCUAUCACAUUGAAUAAAAUGGAAAACGCA